CAUACGUAGGCCUGUGUGUGUAUAUGUCAGUGUGUGUUAGUGUGUGUGCAUAUGCGUGCGUGUAUAUAUUUUAUAUACACUUCAACUUCAUCGUCCAUCUGUCGUUCGGAGUAAGAUUAACAUUCAUUUUAACCAUGUGGAUAUUUUAAAAACUACAAUUUGCUGAAGAAUUCCACUGUCGCUGAUCAGUUCAACACAACACAGUUAUUUUUAAAUGAAUUUCCUUCUUCAAGGUAACGGAUGUUUAGACCAACUGAAGAUAAUUUCUUGAAUCAACGUUAAAAACAGAUCUUAUCUCUUCUGCACGGAGAACAGUUGUUGUUUCGUCACUGGGAAUUCAUGAUGUUUGUUUAUUUGUGUUUGAGUAUGAGUUUGUUUACAUGGGGCUGGACAUCCCAUUGACUGACUGUUUCAGAAGGUUGCUUAGAAAGAGCUGAUGAAACACCGAGCUUCAUAUAUGAAUGUGUAAUUUGAAGAAGUGAUCUUUAAACAAAGCAGAGAACAAUCAAAGACUGGCAGAAUGCUGAAAACCCUCACUAAAAAACUCAGAAGACACUCUCUAAACGAAAUCCAGCCUUUCCAACUUAAGAUUUCCUACCAUGGCAGCAAAGAGGGAGGCGAGAGUGAGGACUCAGAGGGCGAAAACCAAGAACUAGCCCAGAUCGACAGAGAGCGCCGGCGAAACUGCGCCCUGACCCCUCUAGCCACCAGUCAACAGCACAAUCAGGGCAUGCUGUCUCCCUCCCAUCUACGCCGUCUCCGUCUUCUGCUGGAUACCACCCUGGAUCGUCACAGUUCUGAAGAGGAGCUGGAGCGCAUUGCAGGGGCCACAGGGGCAGAGGUGGGACGAAAGUGGCACAGGCAUGGAGACAUGAGCAGUGCCUCUAGUGACGAGGAAGUGAAGGACCUGUGUGGGCCAAAUGAGCCAGCUGCCGCGGCUCGUUUGAUCGCCGCCUCUCCCAGCCCUGUUCUCUUCAGCUCCUCACCGCCUCGAGCUCUCAAACCGUUGCACACACCGGGCCGCCUCCCCAUCCGGCCCAUCAUCCUCAGCCACUUUGAACAGCCUUCCAUGCCUUAUUGGCGACACAGGCCAGCUUACACAGGAGAACUUGGUCGGCCAAGCCUGGACCUAGAGAAGAUGCAGCAGAAAAUGCUUCUUAAAAAGAACUGUGGUGGGAAGACAAGAACCAUCAAGAUUCGGGUACAAUCAAACACAACAGAAUCUGAGUUGUGGCCGUCAUGCUCCCAGACCAUCUUCACUUUCCGCUCACUGAGCAAUGCCCCACCCUGCAGUCCCCUGCUACCCACCGAAGAACGUCCGUGUGCUUGAGGGAAAGUCUGGAAACUCAAAGACAAAACAGUGCAAAUUUGUGGACCAAAAAUCCCCAACAUAAAGACAAUGUAUGUUUUGCAUUGCAUUUUCUUUUGCAGGAUAUUAGUGUGAACAAAGGCCCCGUGAUAAGGCCUGUUGACAAAACAGGAAGUGUGAUCAGGGCCAGAAUGUACGAGAGGAACAAGGAGAUGGCAAUCUUUCGCCUUUAGCUGUCUCAUCCUCUCCAUCUCUCAGGAAACCCACUAAGAACUUAAUAUUGAUGACAAGGCCAUGACCACUGCAUUACCUGUAAAACCGCAACCAAAUGGUAGCAGGAAUAAGGAGCGUUUGGUCAGUGGCCACAUGGUAAUGGUGUGACCAUAACAUUUUGGAUAAACUCUAAGACCAUAUUGAAAGUAUUUUUGGUUGAUUGGAAAUCAAAAUGUUUUGAGACAAUCCGUUUGAUGCCAGAAUGGGCCUUAAAUAAUUCAAUGCAACAGGUUAUUGAUCUACAUUAAUAGAGUCAAUAGCUCUAUAAACAGGGUGAACCCAAAAAACCUAACAAUCCAACAUAAUGAAAAUACACGCCAGAUAUUCAAAGUCAUUGUUCAUGUUUAGAUGUUAUGUAAGUGACUAACAGUAUAUCAGAAUCUGAUGUCUCUUCCAAGGUAAUUAAAUACUAAGCAAAAAAACAACAAAGAGAAAUACAAUAUAUUUAUAUAUACACUCACCUAAAGGAUUAUUAGGAACACCUGUUCAAUUUCUCAUUAAUGCAAUUAUCUAAUCAACCAAUCACAUGGCAGUUGCUUCAAUGCAUUUAGGGGUGUGGUCCUGGUCAAGACAAUCAGACAAGUCAGAAUGGGAAAAAAAGGUGAUUUAAGCAAUUUUGAGCGUGGCAUGGGUGUUGGUACCAGACGGGCCGGUCUGAGUAUUUCACAAUCUGCUCAGUUACUGGGAUUUUCACGCACAACCAUUUCUAGAGUUUACAAAGAAUGGUGUGAAAAGGGAAAAACAUCCAGUAUGCGGCAGUCCUGUGGGAAAAAAUGCCUUGUUGAUGCUAGAGGUCAGAGGAGAAUGGGCUGACUGAUUCAAGCUGAUAGAAGAGCAACUUUGCCUGAAAUAACCAUUCGUUACAACCGAGGUAUGCAGCAAAGCAUUUGUGAAGCCACAACACGCACAACCUUGAGGCGGAUGGGCUACAACAGCAGAAGACCCCACCGGGUACCACUCCUCUCCACUACAAAUAGGAAAAAGAGGCUACAAUUUGCAAGAGCUCACUAAAAUUGGACAGUUGAAGACUGGAAAAAUGUUGCCUGGUCUGAUGAGUCUCGAUUUCUGUUGAGACAUUCAGAUGGUAGAGUCAGAAUUUGGCGUAAACAGAAUGAGAACAUGGAUCCAUCAUGCCUUGUUACCACUGUGCAGGCUGCUGGUGGUGGUGUAAUGGUGUGGGGGAUGUUUUCUUGGCACACUUUAAGCCCCUUAGUGCCAAUUGGCAUCGUUUAAAUGCCACGGCCUACCUGAGCAUUGUUUCUGACCAUGUCCAUCCCUUUAUGGCCACCAUGUACCCAUCCUCUGAUGGCUACUUCCAGCAGGAUAAUGCAACAUGUCACAAAGCUUGAAUCAUUUCAAAUUGGUUUCUUGAACAUGACAAUGAGUUCACUGUACUAAAAUGGCCCCCACAGUCACCAGAUCUCAACCCAAAAGAGGGGGAUGUGGUGUAACGGGAGCUUCGUGCCCUGGAUGUGCAUCCCACAAAUCUCCAUCAACUGCAAGAUGCUAUCCUAUCAAUAUGGGCCAACAUUUCUAAAGAAUGCUUUCAGCACCUUGUUGAAUCAAUGCCACGUAGAAUUAAGGCAGUUCUGAAGGCGAAAGGGGGUCAAACACAGUAUUAGUAUGGUGUUCCUUAUAAUCCUUUAGGUGAGUGUGUGUGUGUGUGUGUGUGUGUAUGUAUAUAUAUAUAUAUAUACACUAUAGUGUUUCAAUAUUGUACAUUACACCCCUUGAAUGUGCGCUUUGUCUAGUAGCACUUUUAAGUAUAUAACGUGCAGUCUUUUAAAAUGACAUUGUAGUUUAUGAAAUUUUUGACAUUGUUCCAUCAUGAUGAUUUAAUCAGGGAUGAAAUCAUAGCCCACACAUACACAUUGGCUAUAUUCGGAAUGGAAUACUUGUCUACUGCUUACUGCAUACUGUGCAGUAUACACUGUAUAUGGCUCGAUAUAAAAAAUAAAUAAAAAAUGCAACAGCAAAAUUAUUACAAUGUUAAUUGCACGAGUGAUGUCUAGUUAUCAUCACAAAAAUAAAAAUGCAUAGUUUGCAUUUUUAAUCCAAUUUCGAGUAAAAUUGUUGUGACACUUUUAUUAAAUAAUGAAUCAAGGAGAUUAGUUAAAAGUUGUAGGUCAAUCAUAUAACAAGUGAGACACUGUAUUCUGCAGAAAAUUUGAAUGCUGUGCACAGUAUAAAUACUUUAUACUUCAGAAGUCAGAGUAGUAUGGUAGUACACAAUUCCAAACAUUGUCUGUUAUUCUAAUGUGUAGAAAACAAAGUACAGCACACAACAUGGGGUCUUAAAUAAUGACCGUAAGCCUAUCCAUGCAGUAUAUUUAGAAGCUAAAAUCAUUUUGAGGACUUUAUUGUGGAUGUAGUGUACUCAGUGGCAUACUUAUUCUGCAAUACUCUUUGUUGAACGUAAACAGCUACAGUGUGGCUAGCAUAAGGAUCAAUAAGCUAGGCCAAUCAGAAGGCAAACAAUUAGUACAAUUAUUAGUUGUUGUACAAGUUUCACGUAGAUAUUACAUGUAUCUAUGUGAAAUGAAUACAAUAUUUGAAAUUAAAUAUAACUACAGGGGCAUGCUUGCAACAUGUGAAAAGUUGAGGAAAAUAAACUUUU